CUGGGAGCGGCUCCGCCACCGGGUCGGCCAGAUUGGCGAGCCGCCGCCGCUGCCGCCCACCGCCGUCUAUGUAGUGGAAAGGAUCGAGACGAUUGUGAUGGAACCUCUGUCCCGGCCCCUGCCAGACAGCCUCACCUGCCCGUCCUGUAAAGUGACCGUGCCGGUGUCGGGACCACGCGUCCGCCAGAUCUGUCAGUACUGCGGCAACUUCUACAAUCUCGAGGCCAACAGAAACGUCGCGCUGCGCCAGCCCGGCAAUGGUGGCAUCUCUCUGCCCCUCAUCACGCAGAUGGGCCGCGGCCCGACAGCCAUCAGUGCUGCCCUGCUCUCCCACCUGGGCGUCAACCUCUCUCCGCUGGCCAUGGCCAGCGUUAUCUGUACCGCAGCCCUGCCGCCCAUUCCUACGCCGCCGCCUCGGACGUCUCGGAGCCGGACCAGCACAGCCAACUCGAUCCGUUCUUCCCGGAGCAUCGAGUCGCUGCUGGCCUCGUCCACGGGCAGCGAGGGGCUGCGCCGUCCACUCUACCCCGUCCACCAGAAGCGCCGCGAGGAGUUCAUGACGGAUGUUCAACGAGCUCGGGAGUCGGAGAACUACGCAGAAGUGUCGACGUACCUUCGGACAAUAUUCGAAAGCUUUGUUGACAUCUGUGCCGCCUUCAAGGAGGAUACGGAACGCGAUGGAGCCAACGUGGAUAGCCCCGAGCUUAAAAUGGAGUUUCUGUACGCCGUUCACGACUCGCUCAAAUCUAUGCCCUCGAUCGUGCAGAAGUCCGUCCUCAAGUCCGUUAUCAACGCCCUCCUGCAAGAGAAGAAAAGACUGUUCCACAAGGACGAGGUGCGAGCGCUGUUCAUCCUGGUGCAGUUGCCGCUGUUCGCGUCCCAGAGCUCGUACACGGUGUUCGCCCACCUGCUGCGACAGCUGACCACGCUCUCCAACGGCGACCACCAGCUGCUGAUGCACUGGUUCAGGUGUCUGGAGGCGGCGCGCCUGCGCAUGAUCGUGGCCCACAUGAUCCAGUUCAUCACGAUCCGCCAGUUCCCGCCGGCCGACGCCUCCCUGCCGCCGCUCAACAAGUCGCGCUGGUGGAUCCCCACCGCCAUCAAGGUGCUCGCCCUCAUCAACGCGGCCAACAACGCAGCCAACCCGGCUCUGAUUCCCUACACCGAGUUCUACAACCACGCGCUCGACCACGUCGACUUGAUGCAGGAGUACACCAACUGGCAGACGCCCGACCGGCCCGACCGCUUCUCCUACUGCCAGUAUCCCUUCAUUCUCAGCAUCGUCGCCAAGCGCACCAUCCUCACCAAGGACUCGGAGCAGAUGAUCCUGACAGCGAGGCGGUCCCUGGUGGCCAAGGUCUCGCGGCAUCAGCCGCCGCAGAUCGAUGUCUUCUUCCUCAACAUCCACGUCAGGAGGUCGCGCUUGCUGGACGACUCGCUCAAGGAGAUCGCCAACAAGCAGCGUGACCUGAAGAAGAAGCUGAAGGUGACGUUCUCGGGCGAGCCGGGUCUCGACAUGGGUGGGCUCACCAAGGAGUGGUUCAUGCUCAUCAUCCGCAAGGUGUUCGACCCGAGUUACGGGAUGUUCGUGUACCACCCCAAGUCGCGCUGCUACUGGUUCUCCACCACGCACUCGGGCUCGCUGCGCGAGUACAACCUGAUCGGCGUGCUGAUGGGCCUGGCCGUCUACAACGGUAUCAUCCUGGACCUGCGCUUCCCACACAUCUGCUACAAGAAGCUGCUCAGCCCGCCAGUGGUGCCCACCAUGGAGCACGUAGCCGUGGGCAUUGCUAAACGCCCCACCCUGGACGACCUGGCGCAGAUCAUGCCGGAGGUGGCACGUGGGCUGAAGGAGCUGUUGGCGUACGAGGGCAACGUAGAGGAUGAUCUCUGCCUCAACUUUCACGUGUCCAUCGAGGAGUUUGGCAAAGUCAUCACCAUCAACCUCCGGGAGAACGGCGAGGACGUGCCGGUCAACAACGAGAACAGAGAAGAGUAUGUGCGCCUCUACCUGGACUGGAUUCUAAACACCGCCAUCUAUGAACAAGUCCGGGCCUUCUAUCUCGGAUUCCACACUCUAGGCGCCUCCAAUGCUCUGCUGAUGUUCCGGCCCGAGGAGGUGGAGAUGGUCGUGUGCGGCUGCCCCACUAUCAAUCUCGGCGAGCUGAAGAAGGUCACCGAGUACGACGGCUACUCGGCCGACCACGAGGUCAUCAGGAACCUCUGGGAGACGCUUGAGCAGUUCAGCACCGAGGAGAAGAAGCGUUUCCUGCUCUUUGUGACCGGAAGUGACCGAGUUCCGGUGGGUGGCAUGGGCGAGAUGACCUUCAAGGUCACAUUGUACCCCAACAAGGAGGACAUGCUGCCUCUGGCGCACACGUGCUUCAACCAGCUGGUGUUGCCAACAUACAAGGACAAGGAGACGCUCAAACAGAAGCUGUCCGUCGCCAUUGCCAACGCGGAGGGGUUCGGGCUCGAGUGAGGCCCCCCGCAGCCCGUUUCUGCGUGCGGCGCCCCCUGCCUGACUGUGCCGCCUCGCCCGGCAUUUGGCGACUGGCAGCGGACCAUCACCCUCGCCGGUAGGCCGCCGCACCAUCCGUCUGUGAUAGGUCACGCGUGUCGGGUCAGUGCCGUGUCAUGUUCGUUUUCUAGUGCCGGCGCGACCGGCCGUCUCUGUUCUUGUCUCGCUGUGGUGACGCACUCGUUGGGAUUGUAACCGAGGCGACCGCACCGCGUUAGUUUUGUGCUGCUGUACUCCUGCCUGUGCCCUGGCAUACUCCCUGACGCCGUGCCGGUGGCCGCCGAACAGUGCUUUAUGACGGGGCGUGGGGGCCGGUCACCAUGGGAGCCAGAGCCGGCCUGUUAGGAUUGUGUCGUUCUGGUGCCACGUCUGACGGAGCAACGGACGCAGAGUCGUCCCCUGUCUAGCCUGUCUCGCACGGGUGUUGUUGAUGGGUGGCCAGAGGUCGUGAGCCCCCAGGCGGGAGACAACUGACCUUUGUCUUUGCCUGAGAUCGUGUUCGGAACAAACGGCUUUUUGGAAUAGCAGUUUGUCGGACCUUUUCCCUGUUUGCUUUCGUUGCGCGGUAUUUGCACUGGUGAAGGACUGGCCGUUUUUUGAUGGUUGGAUACGCCAGCUGUGCUCCCUUGACCUGCGGAAAUCCGGCCAGCAUCGCAUCCCGCUGCCCAGCGGACGACAAGCCAUCGCAUCCCGCUGCCCGGCGGACGGCAGGCAGCUCACAACCUUCACUAGCCUCAGUGCAUUGAUAACUUUGUAUACCACAAAUUGAGCUAGCAGCAGGGGUUUCUGUGGUGGCCUGCUGCAAAAUGAUCAUGGCAUAUACUGUCGGCAUGCAUUGUGGUGGCCGCUGUGGAAUGUUGUGCCCGUGUGCCCGGCCGGUGGCAUGUCCUGUCAUGUAUUGUUCCACACGUGUCGACGCGCGAUGGCACCCUAACUAAGCGAGCCAGCUGGAUGAUAUUCGAUGACGCGAUGUUACUUGACAGUGGCUUGUUUCAUGUGUAUGAUUCGUGGAUGAAGAUAAUAAACGACGAUU